CGCGGUAAGAAAAUGGCCGCCCCGGCUGCUUUCCCUCACCCCGCUUCCCUCCGGCUGCCCCGGCCCGGGGGUUCCGCUACGUCGCCUCCCGGGGCGGGUCGUCCUUUCAUUCCCCUACCCUUACCCUCGCCCCCGCCGCGGCCUGCGCGGCGCCAUCGCUCCCCGGUCCCUGAGCAGGCGGCACGGGCGUGGGAAGGCCUGGGCUGCCUGUAGCGUGUUGCAUGUGGUUUCAUUUCCACGCGUGGGCCAGAGAAAUCGUGCGGCCCCGUUGCUGACGACAGGUUCUGACCCUCCCUGUGACUUCUGGCAGCUUCCCUGACCCCACCGUGGAGUUUUGGGAGGCCAUGGAGCGGCACAUCCCCAUUCAUGCGCUGCCCGAGGAGAUUCAGAAGGUAUGGAACUGUGGAAGUACAAAAACACAAACCAUUUGGAGAACAGAUGCCCCAGGAUGAGACAGUGUGUAAAUACUGUGGAGUCAGCUAUUUGAUACUUCAUGAAUUUAAGGCGAUGGAAGAAAAAGUAAAAGCAAUGGAAAAGGCGAUUAAAUUUUAUGAAGGAAGCAUAGAACGGGAAAAAGGACUUCAAGCAGAAUUGCAGUCUCUUUACCAAGACCUUGAACACUAUCGAGCUGACAGCGAAUCAAAAACAGAAAGAAUAAAAAACCUAACAAUGGAACUUAAAAACAAACAAGAUGAAUUAAAAAAUGUGAAAGAAGAUUUGCAGUAUUUCCAAGAAGAAAAGGAAGCUGCCUAUAAGCAAUCACAAGUGCUCAGAAGUACAUUGGAACACCAUUGCUCAGCUCUGAACAAGGCUGUCUCACUGUUUCCUUUUAUUAGAAGUGAACUAGACAGUAUUAAAGAAGUAAUCUCCAGUAAUCUAGAGAACUGGGCUGCCCUGAAAGAAGAAAUUUUUCUACAAAUAAAAACUGUUAGCAAAGAAGCUUUGACAGAAAUACCCAAAUUGAACCAAAGAUUAGCAAAAUCCCAGAGAGAGAAUGAAUGCCUCCAAGAAAAGGUAAAACAUCUGACGUUGGUGGCCGACACAGUUGAGCUGAAAACUCAACAGCUUCAAACUUCACUUCAGCAAGGGAAUGAGCUACAAAGUAGGUGCCGUGAACUACAAAAGGAAACAUUAGAUUUAACAAAUCAAGUAGAGACAAUUGGACUGAAGCUGCAGAAAGUAACAGCUGAGAUGGACCACUACAAAAAGCUGUUAAUGGUGAAAUCAACGGAACUUGAUGUCUGUCAAAAUGAACUGAAAAAAAUGAAAUAUGAAAAUGGAAUUUCUGAGUCAAGACUUAUGAAGGAGCUCAAGGAAAAGGAGGAAUCUCUUCUAAUUUGCCAGCAAGUAUGCAAACAUUUACAGGAAGAGGUGGCUGAGAAGGAGAGGAAAGAAGAAGAUCUAAAAAGAAGAACCAGUCGAUCGGAAAGUGAACUGGAAGCACUUAAAACUCUUCUUAGACAAACAGAGGAGGAGGUGGUGAUGUUGAAACAAGAAAGGGAGUUAAUGCUGAUUUCUCAUCAGAACAGAACAGAGCAGCUGCAGGAAACAUUAAGACAGAAGAUGCGGAAUGAAGAUAACUGGAGGGAGAAGAUACCAGGAUUAAUAUCCAGUGCUACUAGUAGCUUAAGGAUGGAGACAGAAAUUCUUGAAAAGAAGCUACAAGAUGCCCAAACCAAACUUGCAGAGAAAGAUGAAGAUAAGGAAAAAGAAAUUCAGAGCCUUAAAAGACUGAUUACUGAACUUGAAUUUCAACUGACGGUGGAAAAGAACAAUAAUGAAUCAUUUCUGGAUAAUAUGAGGAAAGAAAUUAAACACAAGUCAGAUGAACUGGAAAAAUUAACCCAGGAGAGGACACAACUGAUUCACAAUUUGAGUCAAGUUCAAGAGGAGAACACUCUUCUCCAGGAAACGGUGCGCAGAGAGUGUGAGGAACGCUAUGAGCUGACUGCAGCUUUGACUCAAGCCAGGGAACAAGUACUGGAACUAAAAAAGCUGAGUGGAAACUUCCCGUUAUCGCCGUGUUCCCUGACUCAGGGCAGCCUAACCUCCUCUGCUGCCCUGCUCGCUGAUUAUGGACAGAAAAGCCGCACAAGCCCCGGUGCUGGGAAAGAAAUCAAUCUCUCCGGACAGUUUGGUAUUUCAAGAGCUGCUAAGGCAUCCACCUCCAGUAAGCGUACCAGCAGUGUGGGCUUGCCCACCCUAACCCCACUGCAUCCUCCAAGGGGAAGGGCGGCUUCGCUGAACGAGCCCAGGAGCAGGAUUGCUGCGGUUAUGAGAAGACAACUGAGUCAGCUCUGACAGCUACCUAUACAGCAUAUGGGACACCAUUCCAGUGCAUCCAAUGACCAUUUACUCGUGCACCCCUGGGGUCAAAUCUUAGCCAAUGCAAUUCGUGCAUUCUGCAACUUUAAGUUAGAGUUUCGUAUAUUUUUUUAUGCAAUAAUGUUUCUUUAUGCAUUGCAUAACAAUGUAAUUACAUGCUAUCUACAUUUCAAGGUGAGAAAAGUAAAAAAGAAAAAAUAUCAUCUCUCCAAGAAUAGCACAUCUUCAGUAGGUGUAAUUAAAAUCAUUGCCAAUUUCAGAUACUGUUUUCCCAAACCACUUUGUUGGAAUUUUCCUAUUUUGUGUGUUCUCCUGUGUAACUUAAUUGCUCAUUUCUGUGUAAAAAUGUGAUUUGUUAGGUUAGAAUCAGAUUUUUGCCAUUAUUUAAUUGAGUAGUGUUAUACUUGCAAAUAUGCUUAGGUCAGUGAGACUCGCUAGUUGUGGAGUAUCCGUCGCUCAGCAUGAAAACGUGGCAAAUCCGUGUGCUCGGUAGACUAGCCGUCAGCAGGGACAUAGCCUCCUCUGUGUGCAAGUCUUCAAGCUGUGCUAAUUAACAAGGAGUUGAAGACUUAAUACAUUUUGUCCAAAAGAUGGUUGCCUCUUGAAUUUCAUCAGAAAAGUGUCUUUAUGUUAAGCAUGAUUUUUGGCUUCAAAGGAGACGGGCUGGAGUUCUCUAUAAAAUUGUUACGCAGGAGGAGCAAUAUUUUUAUUUUACUGCUUGAUACACGGAGCCAUGGUUUGUUUCAGAGCAUGAAAAGCCCAGACGAGUCUCGGUUGUCUUUGUUAGAGUGUGGAUGCUGCAGAAGUAGCUGCUUUUCGAACAAGGCAGCUCUACGGUUGGGACAGAUUGUCAGUGCGGAGCACCGGGUGGGCUACGUGCAACAGCGACAGGCAGCACAGACGUAGUCUGAGAUUUUACUUAAUGUGAGACCAGAUACUCAAUUUUUUUGGUCAGAUAAGCGCAAACAGGGCCGAUUUGGUGAUAGUAACCACUACUGGUGACAGUCUAGUGCUCAUCAGGCAAGGAGAAGUGAUGAAGCAGGCCCAAGUCAUCCUGGCAAGUCCUCUGGGCAGAGGUAGACCUACCAUGUAGACCCAGCUUGGGCAAGGGCUUGGGCUGGGGCAGGAGCUUGGGGCUGAGCUCCCGGGCUGGUGGCAGCAGUGCAGAGGUGGGAGCCCCAGGUAUGGGGGCAGUUCAGCCCUGUCAGUGCCCCCAGUGCCCCAAGAGUCGCUUCUCUUGAAAGAUCGCUGUUCAUCUUCUUCUGAGACCAUCAGCUGUGACUUGGACUGGAACUUUGUGGGAGGUAAGUUAGAGGGGAACAUUUUGGAGACUCUCAGAGGGUGGAUACGAACAGGUAGAUGAUGAUGACUGAAAUUGCUUGCUUCUGUUUAAGUUUUGGGACUGGGCUUGCUCUUCGCUUGGAGUCAUGGAGUUGCUUCUUCACAGGACGCUUUACUUGUAAACCCAAAUACAUUUAUAAUUGCACCAUGAACCUUGACCUUCCUGUUAUUUCUGAGUGAUGAGAGAGUCUCUCUUCAGUGAUGGAGAAAAUCAGAAAAGUUUCGUUGAAUCCAAUGUCAUGGCAGGGAAUGCAUUUUAUUCAAUACAAUCAGUGAAAGAAACGGCCAUUGUAGAUAGAGCCUCUGGGUCUAGAUUUGAAAGGACACUUUGUCUUAGCUUUUGUUCCCACUGAAACCAUCAGUAAGCCUUACCUGAUUUCAGUGGUAGCAGAGUGUAUCCAAAAGCUGAAAAAUCCUCUAUUCACAAAUUCCAAAAGCAACAAAAAAAUCAGUAUUGCAGAAGUUACUCUGGUAGCUGCUGCUGCAUAGAGGUGGUGUAGGUGCUCUGCAGUCGCCUGGCAGAUUGAAAGGACCCGAACUUGACCGUCUUAUGCACUGACCCCAAAGAAACUGUUGCCAAAAAUUUGCUAAUUGGGGGAGUGUUAGAAUCAAACACGAAUACUGUCCCUAGGAGAGUGUGGACUCAGCUUGGUGGAGAUCUGAGUCUGACGAUUCACCUUUCAGCUUUCCUCAGUUUUGUCUCAACAGGAGGCCUGGUGGCCACCUUGCCUUCCCUGAUGCAGAAGGCCCCGGCUGUAGCUUCCAGCCCAAGCAUGUGCUGAUAGGCUGCAUCCGCCUCUCCUCUAGUUUUACUCAACUGGGAUUGUGCUCAAUACCAAUUGACAAAUUAAUUAGGCAAUGGUGACAGUGAGUCUUAAGCGCAACCAAGAUAACUGGGAAACAGUGGGAACUGUCUACAGGACCUGCUGACUUUGCUCAGAUAUUUGUAUUUUUCUUAAGGAUGUUAAAAAUUGGAAAUAUCAAAGAUGUGAAGGCAAUUCCACUGUGAAAUGUAAGCCUCGGGAAAUUAAUUUUUUAGCAAUUCCACGAAUGUAGAAAGAAGGGAUGGGGAGCACUCCCAAAGGCCUGUUUAGAGGAUGGUGGGAUGGUCCCCUUCUCUGGUCGGUGGUGAUGCUGAUCUUGUGUUUAGAAAAGAUCCUGACUCCUUCAAGCUUGAAAAUUGCUAUUCCACUGUCCACCCGCAGUCUUUCUGUGCUGAAGUAAUAGGUUUUCAUUGAGGCAGUUCUUAAAAUUAUGAGCUUAAAAUUAUGAGCUCCAGAGCUCUAUUAGGUAGAUUUUUCAUAAAAUUUUUAGAUGAACUUUGGUUGUAUUUACAGUCUUAUGAGAACUUUUAAAGAAUGUAAAUCCAGUAAAUGCUAUUACAUAAUUUUACACCCUUGUGUAGCUGUGGAACAGGUGUCACGGUGAACCCUGCGGUAGCUGAUGUCGUAAUCUGGAGUUUAACGCUGGAAUGUUUAUAUUGAAGAACAGGUGGGACUUCACCUGUGGACGGUUCUGCUGGCUGGAGAUCACCGCUGCGCAGUAACGGCUCUGUGCUUAAAGCAAAGCCAGAGCACAGAUGUGGAAAGCAACCUCUUCUGUUUCAGUUUGUGUCUUCGGUAAGAGAGUGUUUCCCCCACUCCGUGUGGUAGCAGCCGUUCCUCCCCUUGUGCGGCUCGGGUUGUGCAAACAGGUCAGAUUCAAAAUCUGGGCUCUUGUCCACUGCUUUGGUGUUUAUGUCCUCUAGCAGCAGCAGGAGUAAAGAAUGACUGCGUGGUCAUAAAUUGUAAAGAGAGGAGGAAUAGCACGUAAAAUAAUGAGAGCAAUCACAGAAAUAAUGUUUCUAGCAUGAGGGAGUGUAUAAAUCAUGGCUGCAAACCAAGUCAAGAACGAAUAUUUCCCUUAUUUCCCCUCCCUCCCAGAAACCCAGAACUCCUGCUGCUAAGCAAUAAGCAAAAUAUAUAAAUGUCAGGAAACCUUUUUUACCAGCUUUUAAAAACAAUUAAAUUAAUUUCACGUAGUCAAGGAAAGUUUACAGAGUAUUUCUCGUAAUGGGAUGAAACACACCAGCAGAAAGAGAAUGUAGACACCUAAUUAUAUCACCACAUUUUCAGGAAGUAAAACUUCCUGGAGGCAAUGCGUCUUGUAGAAGCGGUGUCAUUUAUGAAUAGGUUUUUCGUAUGCUGGACCUUGCACUCUAGGACUCAUGGCACAAGGGAAUACUAAAAAAAAAACCUCCAAGCUUGAAACAAAUCUGCCUCUGUGGGAUCCUGACCCGCUGGCUGUAGGCAGUAAGCCAUCCUUUCACUUCUCAAGGUUACAAGAAAACGUCCCAUGGCAACGGGUUGUCUUGUUCUUGCCUAAUGCAAAGGCUUCUGUUUCUUCCUUGACAGAGCUGAUAUUGUUGCCUGAUCAAGAAUAGUAGCUCGUACAGUCCUAAAUCUUUCCAUAAAUUAUUAAUCCCACUAGCAGGCUGUCAGUUUGCAUCCAAUGCGCUAACAUACUGUGUUAUUACCAAAUUUAUCCAUUUAUUUUUAUCCGGUAGCCUUCACUUCCAGGGAAGUUUCAAAUAUUUAGUGUGUUACUAUUAACUGGAGAGAGUCUACACGCGAUAGCUGAGCACAGCAUCGUUAGGAGGAAGCAGAAGAGUCUGGGUGCAGGCUGCGAGUGGACUGCUGUCACACUCGUGGGUUUGUGGAUGGGAAAAGGAGCCUGUGGUGAGGUUGCGUCCCCUGGCAGCCCCCAGGGUGGCUGAACUGGGCGCUGUGGGCUGUGCUGGCCAGCACUGCCCCACGCUUGCCCUCUCCAGCCUGCCCACCAUGCCUACCCCUAUUCCUCUGGGCAUGAAAGUAAGAGUCACUAAUAUUGGUCUGAUGCUUUAGAGGAGGUUUCGUGUGAGCAUGAGGCAUCGUUUGUGGUUUGGCUAACUGUCUCUUGAGUGCAAAACCAUCAUUAUGGAUGGAGAAAGCAGGUGUAUCUGUGUGAUGGAAGGGGAAAUGCAGGGCACUAUCCAAAGCCAAGGUGGGACAGAGCAAGUGGAGCCAUCACAGUGUUUCUGGCAUAGAAAGCAACAGCAACGUCCUUUUAAGAUGCCUCAAACUUCUGCAUGUGCUUUCUGAACGCUCCUUUUAAGCUGCUGCCUCAUCCUGUGUUCAGUGGGGAGAGCUCCCCAGCCUCAGGCCAGGCCUUUGCUCUGCCAGUGUCUCUGUAGAAGGUGCAAAUGAGAUAAGCUGGAGUUUCUGGCUUGCAGGGCUUACACAAGCAGUGUGGAUCCGCACUGAUGCUUGGCUGCCGCAGAAGAACGAGUGAGCAAUAUUUAGACAACUGCAGUAUAGGGGUUGUCCUCUUCUGGCUAAAGACUGGCAUCCCAGGAUGUAAAAAGCAGAUGGACAUGGCCAAUGUAGUCUGGAGGGGGAAAGCUUUGAACAGGGGACGUCCUGCAGGACAGUAGGACAGGGCCUCUUCUGGGGACAGUCCUUGACGCUAGCUGUGCUCAGAGCUGUGCCUUGGCUUCAUCUCAGAAGGAACUUGCUUGUUCACUCUGGAAGAGGGGCAGAAAAGAACAGGAAAGAGUGAUCAAGUACCUACAUGUAGCCUGGACUCCCGGGAGAUCAGGGAGCUGAGUUCUUGGGCAGCAUUGGAAGCACCCACCAUGUAGGCUCCAUGGGCUGCCUUGGAAAAAGCAAACUUAACUCAAGUGUUGAUGAGCAUCAGAGCCCACAGUAUGUACAAUAAGAGCCAGGCGCGUUAUUUCAAGCACAUGUUGUAAAUGCAAACUGACGGCUGUUGGACAAGAAAUGGCUCGGAUCCAGCCCGUGGGAAGCUGGGGCAGGAGAGCCUGGGCUUUCCCCAGACACACUCCCUAUCCCAGGUCACUCACUGGAGCAGUCAGUCUAUGCCUUGUUAUGGGUCAUCACUUUUCACUGAAAGGUGCCCCAAAAUUUCUGUGUUCUCCACAGACAAUAGUACAGAAAGAGUCAAAUCCAUCUCUGGUGACAUGGAGCUGUCUUGCUGCUCCUUUGACAGGUGACGAAAUUAUUGCUUUCCAUAUGUGUCAAAGUGCUUGCCACAUGUGUCAUAGAUAUAAGUGCUUGCCAUAUGUAUCAAACUUUUAUUCCUAAUAGGAUAUUACAAAAUAAAGCAGCGAUGUGCCUCAUGUAUUAAAAAUGAUAAAUAGAUCUUUAACUGAGUUGGUGUGUAUGAUCUGGGAUCCCAGCCUGUGGCUUGCAUAUGGAGUUUUUCCAUGAAGGAAGAAAUUAAACUUCAGAAAAAAGCAUCGUAGUAUCUUAGCAGCAUUGGAAGUGUAUGAAAAUAGAAACUGGAGCCAGACCCAAUGCCGUAGGUCAUUAAAAUGUAUUAAUCAGAAAAAAAAAAAGAUGGACUGCCUUUCUUUUCAUUUAAAGAAACGGUUGUGCUGCGAGAUAUUCUUUGCUUUAAAUUCUUGAUUUCGCUCCCAGUGUUUUAUGACUCGUUUCCUUUAAAGCCUGCAGUGUGCUGCAGAAGCACUGUGCAUUUUUAAUACAAAAGAAAGAGCAGAAGAAUGAGUCUGGGGAAAUUUCCUUUCUCAGAGAAAACCCACGCAUCUUUUAUUCUUAGUUAUUUUAAAUGGGGACUUGGUGUUUGAUUCUGUCUUUAAUUGUUAUAGGUGAUUAAGUGUAUUCUACUGGAGGAAGAAUAAACUCCAUAUGCAACUGUAAUGGUG